AUGAAGGACCAGACUCAUAGGGAUAACAGUAUUAACAACAAGAAGGUACAGGGCAAGAAGGAGAUCCAAGAGAAGGCUCAAAUUCAACAACAAAAACAGGAUAUAACACAAGGAAUGAAAGAAACCAACGACAACAACAAAGAGAGGACACAAAAACAGCAAAGUCAAGAUCAACAGGAAACAGUUCACCUUAAUACAAAAGCUGAAAAUACAAGGAAAGCAAAAUCUAAAGAAAAUACCAACAACAAUGCCGAGGUUAGGAAACAACAUCAAGAUAUCACCAACAACACCAAGACCAGUAUGUAUCAAAAGGAGGGGCACAGGGUCAAUAAUAUCAAUAACAAGACCAACAACUAUCAAAAUGAGGGAGACAAAAGGACACAAGACAGUAGCAGAGCAGACAAAUACAGAAUUACUCACAAAGAAUUGGAACAGGAGAACAACAACAACAACAUGAGCAAGAGAAUGACCAAAAGAAUAGAAAAGCAAAAAAGAAAAAACAACAGGGAUGUUAGUGAGCAGAUGAAAAGAAGAACACAGUGA